UUGCGUACAUUUAACUGUAUUUGAAUAACUUCCAGCGAUAAAACUGAUAAAAACAAGAUAAAUUUUAAUAUUAUUUAUUGAACGGCAUUUUUGGAAUUUUCUUCGCUUUGAUAGGCUUAUUUUUGUUCCAUAUUGCUUACCGUCAUAUUUAUUGAUUUUAUCUUAAAAAUAUGCCUACUGGACGAUCCAAACGACUGGACCCAAGAACCAUCCGCUUUACACGGGAUUCAGUUUAUGACACGUUUGAAGAUAAGAGACAUUUAGAAGAUACACUGAAGGAUUUAAAAGACGGGAAAUAUGAUGUAGAAACAAUACCAAGAAUUACCGUUGUACCAAAAGAUGGAGUGUACUUUUCUCUUAACAACAAACGCUUAUGGGUUUUUAAAGAGUACGCAAAAUUUGUAGAAAAUACGAAAAAUGAGGUGUUACAGGUGCCGGUCAAAUUCGGUACAUUAAAAAUGUUAAUUUCCAGUGGUAUGACAACAACAAAUGAAGGUGAAAAGGUAAUGGUUCGGGCUAAAGGAUCCGAAGAAUACCACACGAGUAUUGAGACUGUAAGAUUGUCCGAUGUUGUUUACAGUACCGACAAACUUUAUCGAUUUAGUAAAUAUGACGGUGGCCAUUAUGAACGUUCUACAAUAUAUGACGAAUUUGAAAGAUUCUCAUCUAACAUACAUGAAACUAAACAAUUACCAACUUUGAAAGUGGUGAAAAGAAAGGGUCAGUUAUAUGCUUUAGAUAACUUACAGCUUUGGCUGUUGAAACAAUGGUAUCAAAGAAACGGUCAGGCUAUUGAAGACGAAACUCUUUCUAAGGAUGCAUCUACAGAUAACAAAACAGCAAGUAAUGGUAUUGGCGAUGAAAAUCAAAAUGACCGUACUAGUGUUGAGGGUACUGUAAAUAAUUUAGAUGCCAGUCCUGAAAAUGAAUGUCCAACAAGUAGAAAGAGUGUAAAAAUGAUAGAAACUGUAAUUUAUCAAAGGAAUGUUAGUGACGGAAGUCAAAGCGUUGGAGGCGAGACAAAUGAGUCAGAUUCAUAUAAUCAACUGCAGAAGCGACAAUUAAAAGAAUUGAGAACUUUGGAUUUGGACUUGAAAGGACGACAUGAAGAACAGAAUGAUGAACAUCUCACAAAAAGUCAUAUUAUUGAAACAAAUCAUAUCAAAUAUAACGAUGUUAUUAAUGGUGGCGAGAACGUUCUAGUAGAAUUAAGACCAUAUAGAGAGCUGACAGAGAAUCUUACUACAACAAAUGAAGGCCGUUCUAUAGAGAUUGUAUGGAACGAACCGAAACCUUUUGAAUGGAGAAAAUUCAAGCCUCUAACUAGACAAAGGGCGUCUCAAGAGCGAAAAGAGUUGAUGAAGUAUUGUAAAUGUUACGAAAACCAAUCGAAAAAGUCAUCUAGACGCUGAGAAGGUGUUAAAUAUUGAUGCUUCUUUACUUACUUUCACGGAAAAUUCCGUAAAUCAAUGGGUUACAUACUAAUUUGUUAGACAAUAACUUACGUGCCAUCGCAAAUCAUUUAAUCAAGUAGUCAUAUACAUUAUAUAACGUUACUUAAUUUGAAGUGUUAACUUUAAUACAACCAUAAAGCUUGAUAGCACAUUUGAUGUAAUAGUACUUCUGACUGAAGACGAUCUUGAUAUUUAUAUUUUAUUUUAUUAUUUUUUAUAGAGUAUUCAUAUACUUGGUAUACAGUUUUAACAUACUUUGACAAACAAACGUAUAACUUACACUGAUUGGUUUGCUCACUUUAAGAACUAUACAUAGGCACGCACAUGCAAACACCGACACAUAAGGCAACAUAGGGGCCUCCUUGGCCGAGUGGUUAAGGUCGCUGAAUUCAAAUCACUUGCCCCUCAUCGAUGUGGGUUCGAGCCUCACUCACUUCAUAGUAUAAUGAAGUACAUGCAUUUGUAUGAAUAUUUAUAUGUAAGUACCAUAUGUACAUGUUACAAGAUUUAAAAUAUUGCUUUUAUGUUGAACAACUGAAUCGAAUUAUAGCAAGAGAUUACACACAUACAUGUAUAGGUUCUGCAUAGUUAUACUCAUAUAACAUGUGAUUGUAUUUGAGGGUACAAAAGAAGCUUUAGUGACAUUAUCGAUUGUAUAUAUGUUUGACACAAUAAGUACUUUGAUUUAUUUCACUUUGGUUCCAGUGAUUGUCAUUGUGAUGUAUCAUGUGCAAAUAACUGUUGGUAUGGGCCGGAAGCCAACAUCAAUAAAAUCAUUGUCAUUGUCACUCGGGCGUUGAAUUCUUCAUGUGAGGAAGCCAUCCAGCUGGCUUACGGAAGGUCAGGUGCCCGCUCGUGAUAAAAUAAUGCAUGGAGGGACACCUUGGGUCUUCCUCCACAAUUAAAGCUGAAAUGUCGUCAUAUGACCUAAUAUGUGUCGGUGCGACAUUAAACCGAACCAAAAAUAAAAACAAACAAAAAAUCACAGGGCAACACAUAUGUACGCACACGCAUACAUAUAUAUACAUACACAUAUACUUAUAUACAUACGUACGCCUACUCCCACAUACAUUCCUUACAUAUCGAUGCUGCUGCAUUCAAUCGUUCAAGCACAAACUGCAUUAUAUGAAAAAAAAUUAUAAUCACAUUUAAUAUAAAUUGCAGUUUUUACUAAAACUUUCUUACAAUAUCCUUUCUGGGAUUUACAGUAUGACAUAGUUCUUGUAGACAUUUCAAACCAAAAUUGAAACGUAAACGUUAACAUAAUCUAACUUCGUACUUGACAAUCGAGGACUUCCUCAACUAUACAUCUAAACAACGAAUAAUAAACACCACAGGAAUUCGUUGUUUAAGAAAUAAUAAAUAUGUCCCUAUAUUUUAUCAGUUAAUAAAAUAUGGGCAGGAGUUCGGAUGCGUAAUAAUUAAAUCACGAGUGCGUAGCACGAGUGAUUUAAUAUUCGCAUCCGAACGACUGCCCAUACUUUAUUAACUGAUAAAAUUAUUGGAACAUAUUUAUUAUUUCGAUUCUAACCACGCAAAUUCUGCGCAUUUUACAGCACUACAUUUUAGCUCAAUAUGUCAUUCGGCUGGCCAUAUGCUAUUACAAAAACCUCC